UUUCAGCGUCACGUUUUUCUUAUGACAGUCUCCUAUAACUCCGACGUCUCGUCGGUAUCCUCUACUAAUUUUCUGCGGCUUUUGCUCAGAUGGAAGGGGUCAAUCUGGAAAAGUGUGUCGUCGGAGCUAAUGAUGUGGUGUUUCAGUUAUUUUUUAAUUGCACUACUCUACCAUAAAGUCUUGUUUCCGAAUGACUAUUAUGACUCCUUCAAUGACGUGGCAUUUUACUGUGGGAAGGAGCUUCACAACUACAUUCCUCUUACUUUUAUGCUAGCUUUCUUUGUCUCAAUCAUUGUGGAGAGAUGGAGGACCACGUUCACCAAUAUGGGAUGGAUUGAGAGCUCUGCUCUCACAGUCAAUGCAAUAAUUGUUUCAAAAUGCGACGAGGCUCGUCUGAUCAGACGAAAUAUCAUCCGAUAUCUGGUACUGGCCCAGAUAUUAACAUUCCGCGACAUUUCGAUCAGAGUUCGUCGCCGCUUCCCGAACAUCGACUCAAUCAAGAAAGCCGGAUUCCUGACUGACAACGAAGAGGAAUUGCUGGAAGGCAUCGAUCUGGCCUAUAACAAGUACUGGGUACCUAUCAACUGGGCAAUCUCACUGUCGAAUCAGGCAAACUCCAAGGGCUAUGUGAUAAGUGCUCCAGGGAUGGUGAGCUUGAUUCAGGAGAUUAAGACCUUCCGGAAUGGCUUGGCAACCAUCUGUAACUUUGACUGGUGCCCGAUUCCAAUUGCCUACCCGCAGGUGGUCUUCUUCGCUGUUCGAAUCUAUUUUCUCUUCUGCCUGAUCACGAGACAAUAUAUUAGAGUGCCGAACAAGGAACUCGAGCCCGUACAGAUGUUCAUCAGACCGUUCAUUACGAUAAUUGAAUUCAUCUGUAUUGUCGGGUGGAUGAAGGUGGCGGAGGCGUUGCUCAAUCCAUUAGGCGAGGACGAUGAUGAUUUUGAGAGCAACUUUUUGAUUGAUAAGAACAUUUUUACCGGUAUGCGGAUUGUGGACCAAUUUGACGAAGCACCGCCGCUCUUCGAGGACACAUUCUCCGAUCCGGGAGCAAUGCCAAUUUACUCAGAAGAAAGUCAGAAGAAUUAUCAGAAUGGAGCACUAGUGGGGUCGGUGUCGAAUGUAACCCUUGCCCAAUUCGACGAGAACAUUACCAUGGUCCCAGUGGCUCCAAGACUCUCAAUCGGGGAUAUCAAUGCUCACGACCGUUCGUCAAUUCGUCGCCGCUUCAAGUCGGGCUCUUCGCAGAAUUGCUCAAGAGCAAACAGUUUCCGGGAGCACCCCAAAGUACUACGCCAACCUUCAGAUGGAGAGAGCAAUGAUGCAUAUGAGCUGGAUUAUGAGACAGUUAUUAAAAGUGUUGACGACCUCGUAGCUUCAUCGCCCACAAAACCUGGAAAGUUUUUCACAAGCCUCACGAAAGUCGACGAAAAUGAUGAGGAUAUUCCGGCCACCGCAAAAACAUCAGUCGUAUCCCGAGUCUGAGCACAUCCCAUCCAUCAGCACAAUUUUUUUAAUACUCAGUAUUAAAUUAAGAUAUCUAUUACCCAAAAAACAUAUAAUCAAUCAAUGUAUAUUAUUAUUAUAAUAAAGAGGUUGACUUUGUU